GGGGCGGGAGUGGGAGGCCUCGCGCGUCGCGGUCGGAGCCUGUAGCCUGCGCGCCCGGGAGCCGCGAGCCGAAGACCGAACCAUGUGGCUAGAAAUUCUUCUCGCCUCCGUGCUGAGCUUUGUCAUCUACUGGUUCGUCUCUCGGGACAAGGAGGAAACUUUGCCACUUGAAGAUGGGUGGUGGGGGCCUGGGGUGAGGCCCACAGCCAAAGAGGAUGAGAGUAUUCGCCCUUUCAAGGUGGAAACAUCGGACGAGGAGCUCAAUGACUUACACCAGAGGCUGGAGAAGGCCCGCUUCGCCUCACCUUUGGAGGACUGCCGUUUCCACUAUGGUUUCAACAUUAACUACCUGAAGAAAGUCGUCUCCUACUGGCGGAAUGAAUUUGACUGGAGGAAGCAGGUGCAGAUUCUCAACAGAUACCCUCACUUCAAGACUAAGAUUGAAGGCCUGGACAUCCACUUCAUCCACGUGAAGCCCCCCCAGCCACCCUCUGGCUGUACCCCAAAACCCUUGCUGAUGGUACAUGGCUGGCCAGGCUCCUUCUUCGAGUUCUAUAAGAUAAUCCCGUUCCUGACGGACCCCAAGAACCACGGCCUAAGUGAGGAUCAUGUGUUUGAGGUCAUCUGCCCUUCCAUUCCCGGCUAUGGCUUCUCAGAGGCAUCCUCCAAGAAAGGUUUUGACUCGGUGGCCACUGCCAGAAUCUUUUAUAAGCUGAUGCUGCGUCUGGGCUUCCAGGAAUUCUAUGUUCAAGGCGGGGACUGGGGGUCCUUGGUCUGCACCAACAUGGCCCAGCUGGUGCCCAGGCACGUGAAAGGCGUGCACUUGAACAUGGCUUUCGUUUCAAGAAAUGUCCACCUCCUGUUCCUUCCUUUGACACGGCAUUUCCCAGGAUUUUUUGGCUAUACCCCGAGAGAUAUGGAGCUGAUAUCCCCCCUCAAGGAGAAGAUUUUCUACAGCAUAAUGAGGGAAAGUGGGUACAUGCAUAUCCAGUCCACCAAGCCGGACACUGUGGGCUGUGGUCUGAAUGACUCUCCUGUGGGACUGGCUGCCUAUAUUCUAGAGAAGUUUUCCACCUGGACCAACCAGGAGUUCCGCGAUCUGGAAGACGGGGGCCUGGAGAGGAAGUUCUCUCUGGAUGAUCUGCUGACUAACAUCAUGCUCUACUGGACAACAGGCAGCAUUACCUCCUCCCAGCGCUACUACAAGGAGAAUAUGGGGCAGAACAUAAUGACACAGAAGCAUCAAGUGAUGAAGGUCUAUGUGCCCACCGGCUAUUCUGCCUUCCCUUGUGAGCUAUUACAUAGCCCAGAAAAGUGGGUGAAGGUCAAGUUCCCAAAACUCAUCUCCUAUUCCUACAUGGCCCGUGGGGGCCACUUUGCUGCCUUUGAGGAGCCGGAGCUGCUCGCCAGGGACAUCCGCAAGUUCGUGGAGCUGCGGGAGCGGCAGUGAUUUGGCGGGGACUGUUGUCUCAGAGUCAGCCAGGCCCCUGCGUGGCAGACCCCCUCGCUGGCCCCUGCCCUUUUACCUGCAGGCCCCACUUCCCAGUGCCCUCAGUGUGAGAGGAGGGCUGGCAGGGGGCAGCCUUCCAGUCUUCUCUCGGUGAAGAUGCCCCUUUUCUAAGAAACAAGUUUGCAUUCAUCCCUGACCCAUGUGGGAACCUCAUGCUUGCCCUCUCCAUGCACCCCUGCUCCCCACCACAUACACACAGGUGUUAAACAACAUGGCUUUGAUGAUAAAUGACUUUACUUGUAAGAGCGGCUGGAGCUGG